AUGUACAUCACCCUCUACUACAUAGUCACCCGGCUCCCUGACUCCCUUCGCUUAGUCAGGGACCACUUCCUCUCAGUUUGCCCCACCACACUCACCGUUGACCUUCUCGAGGAGCGCCUCCUGGCAGCAGAGAAGAGUAUAGUCGCUCCGGCCUCGCUGGCUUCGAGUCGGUCGGAGCGGCGUCUGCCCCUAGCAGGAGACGCCGCACCAGCAAGGGCAAGGGGGGCAAGGGCGCUGGAGGAGCUGGCGGGGGUGGCGGAGGUGGAGGGGGAGGCGGUGGAGGGAGAGGGGGUGGUGGUGGGAGUGGUGGUGGGGGUGGAGGCGUCGGUGGCAGCAGUGGAGGCGGGGGUGGCGGCGGCGGUGCUGGUGGGAGCGGAGGAGGCGGAGGAGGUGGAGGAGGCGGAGGUGGCGGCGGCGGUAGUGGAGUGGGUCGCAGCCCUACGCAGAGAGGUGGCCCCGGUGGUGGACAGCGCCAGCAGCAGCAGCAGCGCACUCGUGAGACCCCUCCCCCCCAGCAGCUUCGUGAGAGGUACGCUGCGCGUUAGCAGGUGCGGGGGUCUGUACUCCACCCAGCGCUGCUUCGGCCGCCUAACGGACGCUUGGCGUCACCAGUUCCCUGACGCCACAGAGAUCCCUCGCUGGGGCGAGCUGUCUAGGGCGGGAUUAGCUAUCUUUGAUCUUGACUUUGAUUCUAUUCUUGCUGCCAUGUAUGCUGUGUCUACUAGUGAUGAGGUUGACUAUUACCUGUGUGUUCCGCUUGACCCGGGCAUUGAGGCUGCUGCUCUAGGUGCUGGUGAGGCUGCUACGCUGGGUACUAGUGAGUCUGCUGCCUCAGGUGCUGGUGAGUCUACGCUCUCAGGUACCACGUCGGCUCAGGCCUCCCACACCUUCACCCUUGACUCGAGUGCUUCCCGCUCCUUCUUUCGAGACCGCACCACACUCACGCCGCUUUGUCGGCCAGUGGUGGUCUCCCUGGCAGACCCCUCUGAUGACCUGCAGCUGUUCUUACAGUGCGAUAGGGCAGACGGUCUCUCACUCUUUGACCUCACCUGUGGCGCCUCUCCUGCCCCUGCUGCUGAUGCCGACGCCACUGUUCGCUCCCAGUGGGCCACGCGCGACGCUGCUGCACGUCUUGCUGUGCGUUGCCACCUCCCUACCUCCGAGCGUGCGCACUUUAGUCAGUACAAGAGUGCUCAGACCUUGUACGAUGCUGUAGUUGCGCGCUACUCCUCCCCUGCCACUACUGCACUGAGCCUCACUCGCCUCCCUGACUCCCUUAGUGUAGUCAGGGACCACUUCCUCUCAGUCUGUCCCACCACUCUCACUGUAAACCUCCUCGAGAAGGCCCUCCUAGCGAUAGAGAAGAGCAUAGUCGCUGUAGGAGCCUCUCGUGGUGACCCGCGCACCCCCAUCUUUGAGGGGUGUUCCCCCUCCCCCCUUCUGCCCUCUGUUGCCUCUGCUGCUGCGGCCGACCUCCUUGGGGCACUGGAGGAGCGAGCGGGGGCGGUGGAGGUGGAGGCGGCGGGGGGAGUGGGGGUGGCGUUGGGAGUGGAGGUGGGAGUGGAGGUGCCGGUGGCGGAAGUGGAGGCGGAGGCGGCGGCGGCGGUGGUGGCGGAGGUGGCGGCGGUGGAGGAGGCGGCGGAGGCGGCGGUAGUAGCGGAGGCGGAGGAGGCGAAGGAGGUGGCGGGGGUGGCGGUGGACCUGGUCGCGGCCUGA